GGAAGAAACCCAAAGUCCUAAUCAGAAAUCUUUAGAAAAAAACCCCGAGAGGCUCAGCAGGCAGAAGACUAGAGACACAGCCGAGAUGACUUCCAGUAAGAUCGAGAUCCCCGGAGAGGUGAAGAGCGACCCCGCUGCUCUCAUGGCAUCCCUCCAUCUGAUGCCCUCCCCGGUGCCCAACCCGGAGAUCAAGUACACCAAGAUUUUCAUCAACAAUGAGUGGCACAACUCUGUUAGUGGAAAGGUCUUUCCGGCCUAUAACCCGGCUACUGGAGAGCAGAUCUGUGAGGUCCAGGAAGCCGACAAGGCGGAUGUUGAUAAAGCGGUGCAGGCUGCGCGCCUCGCCUCCUCUUUGGGCUCCGUGUGGCGGAGGAUGGAUGCGUCUGAGAGAGGGCGGCUGCUGGCCAAACUGGCCGACCUGGUGGAGAGAGACAGUGUCUAUCUAGCAACUAUUGAGUCACUGAACAGUGGGAAGCCUUUCCUGCCCACCCUGUUUGUGGACCUCCAGGGAACCAUAAAGACACUGAGAUACUACGCUGGAUACGCAGACAAGAUCCACGGCACUUCUAUUCCAAUGGAUGGAGAGUAUAUAUCAUUUACCAGAUAUGAGCCCAUUGGAGUUUGUGGACAAAUUAUCCCUUGGAACUUCCCUCUGAUGAUGACAGCAUGGAAGUUGGGUCCAGCUAUCGCAUGUGGAAAUACUGUUGUCCUGAAACCUGCUGAGCAGACACCGCUCACCUGCCUCUACAUGGCAGCUCUCGUCAAAGAGGCCGGGUUUCCACCGGGAGUCAUCAAUAUUUUGCCAGGAUUCGGGCCAACGGCAGGAGCUGCGAUUUCUUCGCACAUGGGCAUAGACAAAGUGGCUUUCACAGGAUCAACCAAGGUCGGCAAGCUGAUCCAAGAAGCAGCUGGGAAGAGCAACCUGAAGAAAGUGACGCUGGAGCUGGGAGGAAAGAACCCCAACAUCAUCUUUGCAGAUGCUGAUUUGGACUUGGCUGUGGAAGAGGCCCACCAGGGCGUGUUUUUCAACGCAGGCCAGUGCUGCACGGCCGGCUCUCGCAUCUAUGUGGAAGAGCCCAUUUAUGAUGAAUUUGUCCGGAGGAGUGUGGAGAGAGCCAAGAGGAGGACAGUCGGCAGCCCCUUUGAUCCCACCACUGAGCAGGGUCCACAGAUCAGUCGGGAGCAGCAGAAUCGUGUGUUGGAGUUCAUCCAGAGCGGCAUCAGUGAAGGAGCCAAGAUGGAGUGCGGAGGCAAAGCUCUGGGCGUGAAAGGGUUCUUCAUCGAGCCGACUGUUUUCUCUAACGUGAGGGACGACAUGCGCAUCGCCAGAGAGGAGAUUUUCGGGCCAGUCCAGCAGAUCAUGAAGUUCAAAACAAUCGAGGAAGUGAUCGAGAGAGCCAACAACACAGAGUACGGUUUGGUUGCGGCUGUAUUCACCAGCAACAUCAACAAAGCCAUGACCAUUUCCACAGCCAUGCAGGCUGGCACUGUCUGGAUAAACUGCUUCAACGCUCUGAGCACACAGUGUCCAUUUGGAGGAUAUAAAAUGUCUGGCAAUGGACGUGAAUUGGGAGAAAGCGGCUUGAAAGAGUACUCAGAACUGAAGACCAUCACGAUGAAGAUGGUCUCCAAGAACUCUUAAAGCACCCACCCUUCUCUCGGGAGGAGGUCUUCCUCAUCACUCGUCGGCCCGUCCACAGUGGCAAACCAUAUUAACCAUCCAAACUAGUUAUCUCUUGGGUAACUUCAGGCUGUGACCACUUGCUGCCCUCCCAGUUCCUCUAUCAACUCUGCAUCGGCUCGCCACGGACAGUCAGCCGAAUCCCUCAACCCCCCCCCCCCCAGCCUCCCUCCCUUGAGUUUGUGGACUGUCUCCAGUCUUACUGACCACCACUGAACUGUACCCCUGUAAUGUAUACCUCCUCCACUAA